CACUCACUGAUCUGCGCGCACACGGGCACGGGCGCACACACGCUCAUACGGGCACACACGGGCGCGCACAGACUGAUUCACGUGUAGACCGUAGACGCAGACGGUUGAGGCGCGUUGUCUUGAUAUCUGGAGACUUGGUUACGUGCUGGGCACUGCACAGCACACUUGCGUGUGGGCAGGUCAGCCCUCUUCUCAGUUUGAUCAUAACAACCGUUCCUUCAAGCGCCCAGUCGAGACCGGUCGUGGUCUUGGGACGGCAAUUCCUGUUUUCAACCCUUGUUGAGCUGGGACACGACCUGCAUCUGCUGGGGAGGCCAGGGCCCUCUCAGAGCCAGUCUGCUUGGUACAACAAGUCUGCCCCCUUGACGCCUCUCGUGAUCGCGCCAAAUCCAACCGGCACCAUGACCAAGGUCACCGAUGAGAUUGACAAAGCAACUAGCGAAAGCAACACCAACCCGGACUGGCAGAUUAUUAUGAACACCUGUGAUACCCUACAAGCAGCCUCGGAGAAAGACUGCAAAGAUGCCAUUCGGCACUUGAUCAAGCGCCUGUUGCACAGCAAGCCCCGUGUCGUUCAACAAGCCGUGGAGCUGAGUGACGCCAUCUUCAAGAACACAAGUCGCACUUGCCGCCUCGAAAUGUGCUCCAGCGGUUUCAUGGAUGCAGUGAAGAAAGUUGUCUUGGCCAAGGGCACUGCCAUCCCUGAACCUGUCAAGAAAGACAUGAUCAAGGCUCUUUUUUCCUGGGAAAAGGACUUUGGUUCCCAACCAGAGUUCAAGCUCAUCACCACCACCUUGGCCGCUCUGCGCAGCAGCGGCGUCUACGUUGAGAGCGCUCGGCAGGAGGCAUUGGGUCAGCAGGCCCCCUCGGCCGAGUCACGCGCCCGUGCCGAAGCCGCGGCAAAAGAGGAGGAGGAUUUGCGCCGUGCCAUAGCCGAAUCAAAGAAAAUGCAAGAGUCGACCCGUCCGGCCCCGUCAAACUCUACCAGUUCCAUCUAUCCUUCCAUGGACGAUUUUGCCACACAGCGUGCUCCUGAGAAGGGCAAGGCAGCCAAGGUCUUGUAUGACUUUGAAGCCAAUGAUGACAAUGAGCUCUCGCUCACGGCAGGUGAUGUCCUUGAUGUUCUGGACGAUAGCGAACCGGCCAAAUUCAAUGGCCGCUCGGCGAGCACCAGCACGGUUGCAUCCACCCUCGCGGAAACGCCUCUACCACCUCCACCCGCGGAAGAAAUCGACCAAGAGCUGUUUGUGCGCCUCGAACAGAUGCUGCUGAGUGCCCAACCCGGAGAUCAAGCCAUAUUGCCGCAGCUUGAUGAGCUGCAGCGCCAGUGCGAUGAUCAACUGCCCCUGUUGGAGACGCGAGUGCAGCAGUACGACAACCGUUUGGAGCGAAUGAACAAGCUUAUGGAGCACUACAACCUUUUGAUGACGCUCUACGAGCGUCUGUCAACACAAGCACCAGCACGAGCUACUGUGUCUCACCGGGCGCGCAUGCAUCCGUCGCAGCCCCCACCCCAAUCCCAGUAUCCACCCCAAUCCCAGUAUCCUCAACAAUCCCAGUAUCCCCAGCAGUCCCAGUAUCCUCAGCAACCCCCGUAUCCACAGCACCCCCAGCAUCCGCCUGCGGGCGGCGCCUACACAGCCCCCGACGCCGUUGGUGGUUACCCCGGCGGACCUCCUGCUGGACAUCCAGCGGGGGCACCUCCGCCACUUGCACACCAGUAUGCUUCCCACUCGUCUCCGGGCCAAGGUCCUUAUAACCAGCCCCAGACAUUCGGCGCAACCAACUCCCAAACCGGACAAUAUGGCGGACCGGUGCCGGCAUCUCAAGCUCAAGCUCAAGCCUUCUCAGCCGUGCCUAGCCACCAACCGUACCCCGGCGCACCACAGCCAGCGUCAUCUCAAACAACCGAUUUUCGUCAUCAACAGCAGGUACCACCGCAGCACCAAGGACAACAGAUGAUGUACCAGCAGCAAGUACCUCCACAGCAACAAAGUGCCUCAGCUGGUCAUCAUUCGGCGGCAGGACCCAGCCCAAGCGCUGAAUAUCCACCAUCCAAUCACGGCUAUACGGUACCCUAUGGGGGCCCGCCUCAGGGUAAUUAUUCCCAGCAAUACAACUGA